UCUAAAUCUGGAAAUAUUAAUGAUUUUAGAAUAUAUUUCAUAUUGGGCCAUGGGUCGAAAGAAACCAUAAUAUUACACUAAAUAUAACAGAAAGUUGUUGAAUAUCGAUUUACUAACGACGUGAUAGAAUUAUUACCGGUGCCAAUAUCUAAAUAUUUUCUAGCGGUUUAAAAUGCACGAAAUUAAACGGGGAAAACCAAACCUCAAACACACAAAGCCAGCAAACCGGCGUAUUUCAAUCGCGAAGUUCGAAAGCUGUGGAAAUGGGGAAUUCCCUUAAACAUCACCGUUUGAAGUCAAAAGUACCUCGCUAGGUGACGCAUGUGUAUCAACAAACUUAAAAUAUCAUUUCAGAAGUUUUGUCGUCGCGUACGUCUCGCAUGAAGUAUGCGGCAUCAACUGAAGGUCGUCUUCUGCGUUAUAUGAAUGUGGCGUAUAUAUAUGCUAUAACUAAAAGUACCCCGUGUAUCUGUGUUAUUGUUUAUUAUUAAAUAUGUUGAGCUACAUGAUCAAAUCAUCAAGUUAUGGUCCGUUCGGGGACCAUUUUUCCAGAGAAGAAACAUCUGAGUUUAUAUCCGAGCGUGCCAUGACGGUCCUAAGUCGAGCUGCAAAGCGUAAUGUCUGCAAACAACAGUUGAUGCUUAUGAAAUCAUCCUCACCUUGGAAACAAAUGACGCCGAGGGAGAAUGCGAGAUCAGCACCUGAAAGAAAAAGAUUUUCAGGUAAAAGAAGCCUUGCAUCCUCAGCCCCGCCAAUGAUGCGCCAGCCUCCACAAAUUACAAUAGAAGAAGCGAGUGUUGAAAGAAAUGAGGAUAAUGAUGAUCAUAUUGGGAUUGAGGAAAAUGAAAUAUCUGCGCAAGAUCCUAUUUAUUGUGCUUCAGCACCGCCAACAGCCUCGAGCUUGAAUACCACAGUUGAAAAUGUUUGGGAAGCUAGGCCUCCAAUGACACCUCGACAACAAACUUUACCACAAUAUCCAAACUUACUAACAAGACCAAAAUAUCAACCAGUUGUUAAACCUUUGCAUCAAGCAAGACCAUCAACAACUGACUGGGACUGGGUUCGUUCAAAGCUUCUUAGUCGAGAUUCAGUGAAACGUCCUGAAUCGUCAAUGACGUUUGAUGACUUCCUAAAUGGCCUGGAUCCUGACUCUGAUGAAUACGACACAGAUUUGGAAGAUGCUUAUUAUACUGAAGAACACGAACCUUAUGAUCCAACAGGAAUUUGGCACUACGAGAAAUUGUGUAAAAUUAAAGGUACUGUGCCUGCACGUCAGGUUGUAGAAAAACUUGGGAACAAACAUAUUCAGUUCAGACUAAAUCACAGGUACAUUGGCACAAAAGAUAGUGAAGCUCUUGCAAAUGGUUUAAAAAACAAUGAUUUCAUUGAAGAUCUUGAUUUAUCUGAUAACUGUUUGAGUGACAAAGGUGGACAACAUGUUGCUAAAAUGAUGAGGAAGAACCGUCAAGUAUAUCGACUUGAUCUCAGUUCAAAUUGUCUUCAGUGUGAUGCAGGAAGAUAUUUGGCUCAAAUGUUACUUUAUAAUCGACAUUUGACUACACUGUGUUUGAAAAAAAAUAAACUUGGAGAUAAGGAAGCACUAUUACUUGCUGAAGUUCUGCGAGUCAACAGAUCAUUAAAAUCACUAGAUAUCAGUCAUAAUCAACUUGGUGAUAAUGCAGGUGAAGCAUUCUCUGCUGCACUUAUGGAUAACAAAACUCUGAGAAGUUUAAAUUUAUCAUGGAAUAGUUUAUGUAAAAGAGCUGCUGCUGCCAUUGCAAGAGCCCUUGAUAUAAACACAACACUCUUCAGCCUUGAUUUAUCUUACAAUGGGUUGGGAGAUGACGGAGCAGUCUUACUUGGUCAUGCUUUGCGAGAAAACUCAACUUUGAGAUUUUUAUCUCUUGCUGUAAAUCAUAUAUGUGGAUAUGGAGCCGAACAACUAGCGACCGGAGUGUCUGGUGGAAUGAUAAUGACAAGGAAGAAAAAGAAAGCAAAAAUGGGAAGAACAAAAUGUGGAUUGCAAUAUUUGAACCUUGAUAGAAAUCCACUUGGUGUUCGUGGAAUUAAGUUACUUCUUCAACGAUUAUCCAAAGAGAAGACGCUUAAAACACUCAGUAUCAGAGAGGUCGUUUUGAAUGAUGAUUUACUAAAACAGAUCAGAACAUUGAAAACAACUUCAAGCAAAGAAAUCACUUUAUUGCAUGAAGGACAGGAUCAAGUUGAACAAACGGAAGCAUCUUUGAUGAGAGGAAUCAGAGUUUUGAACACAUCACUCGAAUCUUUACAUGUUAAGAUAAUAGAUGUUGUUAAUGCAUUGGAUAACAGAGGAAUCGGUGCAAACAUAUCAGAUUUGAGAAAUGUACUCGCAGAACACACAUCAUUAACUGAGCUGGAAAUUGAAUAUGCAGUUAAAAGUUUGGAUAUAAACAAUGAUGAUAUUGUACAAUACAAAGAUAUUGCUAUUCACUGCAGAGGUUCUUGAAUAUAUGUUGUCAUUCAAAUCUUACUGUGUGUGAAGAACACCUCGUUACCAAUUUGAACCAAGCAAUGACUUAAAUUCAGAACAUUCAUGAUGCAUGAAUAUUGACGUUGUGAUAGAAAUAAAAAAUUCUGAAGAAAAGUUUCAUGUGUUGCGAAAUCUAUGCUCUUCAACUUAACAAUGAUUACAUUGUUACAUUACAAUGACUACAAAUAAUUUGUGUGAUAUUUCAAACGUUUUUCAUAUUACACCUUUCCCCUUUCACUUCGGAUGUCACGAAAAUUUAAUUGGAGAUGCCAGUACUACCAUGGCUUGUUACUUUAUGAUUAUUAAAAAUUUAUACAUGUGUAUUUAAAAUAGUAUAUAUUAUUUUACAGAAUAAUUUCUUUUUAGUUUUGCGUAUUGAAUUUGUACCUUGUAAUGUUACCUUUGUUGAAUCUUCUGCACAUUGAGUUCUUGCUUGUUUCCCUAACUUUAUUUAAUCCUUGUAUUUUUUAUGAACUAUGAAGUGCCAUCCACUUUUUACCAUCACCUGUUGUUUGUUAAAGAGAGCAUUAAUGAAAUAUCUCUAUAUUCUUGCCAUGUAUUUUGUAAGCAUCUAUUGCAAAUUCAUUGUAUUCUUUAACUUUUUUGUUAUAAUUCCACUGUGAAAUAUACAUGUUGAUUGUUACACUUUUUUUUCGCAAAAAAAAAUAUUUAUUUUACAGUAUAUUCAUUUGUUUUUAAUGACAUAUGUGAAAACAUCAGGCUGUUCCAGUUUUUAAAUUAUACAACCUAAUUACUUAAAGCAAGGGCUGGGAAUCAACUGAUUAACUGAUUUAAAUUGGUUGAUGAUUGCAAUAAGUUUUGAUCUUGAACCGCAAUAUCAGAUAUUGUAAUAUUUAUACAAUUGCCUAUAACUAAAUUUAUCUUAGUUUUUUUUUAAUCCUAAGGUUAACUUACAUGAUAAAUUACAAGAAAAUCAAU